AUGCGGAAAGCUUUACUCUUGGAUGUAAGGAAGAGGAACAACCGAGAGGUUGUCAAGCUCAACAUGGAAAAGACUUUCGCAUUGAGAAGACAUGAGGUUGUUCGUGAUGCACCGAUGGUGGAUGAUUUCAUGGCGAGAUGGCCUGCUUUGUUUGAAGUCAGUGAGAUCAACGCUGAAUUCAAGAGAAUCACGACUGUACCACUUCAGUCCAAGUUCUUUUCUCAGGUGGACCUCCACACUUACAACUUGACAAGGCUGUUCCAGAAGAGAGGAGGACAGCUAGGUGAACGGCUCAAAAGAAUCACUGCACAAAUUGCCAAUUGUGAUGAUGUAGAUGCUGGACGAGAGUGCAUCAUUAAAGGAGUCUGUGUCUACAUGGGCGAAGAUCCAGAUAACCUCCUACAGGAAUAUGUGAGCCUGGAUCAGAACACGAUCAACAAGGCCAUUGAAGACACUACAGUUGGUAUAUAUGUUGUCAAAGAACAUGCUUCAAGUGAUGAAGCAGAGGACAUUGGCAUUGUUCUUGAAGGCAUCAAGGUGUUACAAAACCUUGAUAAUGUAGCAUUAGGUGUUGCUGUUUUAUUUGGAUUGAUGUAUGCGCUGAACCUCAGCUAUCCUGCUGACCUCCGCUACACUUUUGAGGUAAUUCAAAAGAUCUGGAUGGAACUGGAUCGAGGGAAACUUUCCAACAGAGCACUUGCUCUGAAAAACAGGCUCCAUCAGUGAACAGUUCAGACUGGAUUGACUGCACUUUUUUUUAAGUUUUGUUUCUCAGUGACAAGUUUAUGCAGG